AUGGCACAAGUUCAGAUGAAACAUGAUAACCCGAGCUUCGUCCUGCACGGUAUCGAGAAUGUCAAAUUUGAAGAGCGACCUGUCCCUGAGAUUCAAGACGAUCAGGUCCUCGUGGAAGUCAGACGAACUGGAAUCUGUGGAUCUGAUGUCCAUUACCUCACCCAUGGGCGUAUAGGGGACUACGUCCUCGAGAAGCCCAUGUGUCUGGGGCACGAGUCCAGUGGAGUCAUUGCAAAAAUUGGCGCUGCUGUCAAGCCCGAGAUGGGCCUCAAAGUCGGUGACAGAGUCGCUUUGGAACCUGGUAGAAGCUGCAGAAAGUGUCCAGAGUGUAAGAAGGGCAAGUACGAGCUCUGCCAAUUCAUGGACUUUGCGGCCACGCCUCCUUCCAUCUACGGCACUCUUGCCAGGUACUAUGCCCUUCCUGCCGACCUUGCCCACCCUAUCCCUGAUUCCGUGACGUUUGAGGACGGAGCCAUGGUCGAGCCUCUCUCGGUCGGUGUUCACUCCGUCUCCACUCUUGGACAACUCAAGUCCAACGAAAUCGUCGUCAUCUUUGGUGCUGGUCCCGUUGGACUCAUGUGCAUGGCCGUCGCCAGAGCUUUGGGCUCAAGAAAGGUCAUCGCUGUCGACAUCAAUGAUGACAGAUUGAAGUUUGCCAAGUCUUACGCCGCUACAGAUGUCUACAAACCGGGCAAGAAGAAUGAAGGCGAAAGUGACGAUGACUACUCUGUUCGAGCUGCCAAAGAGCUCCGUGAAGCUCUCGGUGUUCCUCAACUCGGACGUGGCUCGAUCGACCUCGCCGUGGACUGUACUGGCGCCCCGUCUUGUAUCCAAAUGUCACUCCACCUCCUCAAGCCAGCAGGCACGUUCGUCGGUGUCGGUAUGGGUCACAACAUGAACAUCAACGUCCCCUUCUUCCCAUUGAUCAACAAGCAAUUGAAGAUGAUCGGAUCUUUCCGAUACGGUACAGGCGAUUACGAGCUUGCCAUCUCCCUCGUUGAGCGAGGCUUGGUCGACCUCAAACCCAUCAAGACCCAACAGUACGAAUUCGAUCACGCCAUGGAGGCUUUCGAAGCGACCAAGAAGGGCAAGGAUGCCAAUGGCAAGACCGUCAUCAAAUGCAUCAUCAAUGGACCCAAGUGA